AUGUCGGACAAAACUCGCGCGCACCCGUCUACGUCUAAGGCCAGGCCUCUUCCGCCUGUGUCGGACUUACCAAGGGAAAAACCGUCUAAUGCUAGGUCUAUCCCACCCGACUUACCUCGUCAGCACCCGUCUACGUCUCAUGCCAGGACUGUCCCACCGGACGUACCUCGGGAGCAUCCGUCUACGUCUCAUGGCAGGAUUCUCCCGUCUGUGUCGGACUUACCUCGUCAGCACACGUCUACGUCUCGUACUAAGUCUCUCCCGCCUGUGUCGAAAUUACCUGAGGAGAAUCUGUCAAAGUCUCAUGCCAAAUCUCGCCCGCCUGUGUCGAAAUUACAUGGAGAGUACCCGUCUACGUCUCAUGGAAGAUCUCUUCCGCCUGUGUCGGACUUACCUCGGGAGCGCCCUUCUAGGUCUCGUGCCAGGAUUAAUCCACCUGUGUCAAAUUUACCUGGGGAGUACCCGUCUACAUCUUAUGCCAGGCCUCUCCCGCCAGUGUCGAACUUACCUGGGGAGCAGCCGUCUACAUCUAAAGCCAGAUUACCUGAGGAGCAACCGUCUAAAUCUAAAGCCAGAUUACCUGGGGAGCAACCGUCUACAUCUAAAACCAGAUUACCUGGGGAGCAACCGUCUACAUCUAAAGCCAGAUUACCUGGGGAGCAAACGUCUACAUCUAAAACCAGAUUACCUGGGGAGCAACCGUCUACAUCUAAAGCCAGAUUACCUGGGGAGCAACCGUCUACAUCUAAAGUCAGAUCUCUGCCGCCUGUGUCGAAAUUACCUGGGGAGUACCCGUCUAAGUCCCAUGCUAGCACUCACCCACCCCACUUAGAUGGGGAGCAACCGUCUACGUCUAAAGCCAGGUGUCUACCACCUGUGUCGAACUUACAUGGAGAGCAACCAUCUACGUCUAAAGCCAGAGUUCUGCCGGCUAUAUCGAAAUUACCUGGGGAGUACCCGUCAACGUCUAAGGCCAAGCCUAUGCAGCCGCUGUCAAGUGUACCUCGCGAGUUCCAGUAUAUGGACAGUGACACUAUCCAGCGCCUGACGCUCGGCAUCUCCCCCCCCAGUCACGUUGUCGCCUGGCAUGGACCUAUAAGGGUGGUGACCUACGACGACGAGGAAUAUGAAAAGUUCUUGGAGUAA